AUGAAUUUUAAAUUUCUUCCAGCUUUGUUUUCACGUCAUCUUAGUAGAACUUUUAAUUCUGUUAACAACUUUUGCUGUUCUAGUUCAGCUACACUUAAUUCGCAGUCAUCAUCACAACCUCGAGAAUUAUGGAGGUUAGACACUACAAAUCCUUUUCUUGAAAUACCUGAAGCCUGGGUCACUUCCUUGGAUGAAAUUUACGACCGGAAUUAUGACAUAAUUCAACUGCAUCCAGAUAUUUUCCGCGUCACUCCACGUUUGGAUAUUCUGCAUCGAAAUAUUGCAUGGCAAACUACCUACAAAAACUUAGUACUUACUAGAAUGUUAACCCGUGCUGAAAUGCCUGGUGGAGGGCGAAAACCUUGGCCACAGAAAAGGAUGGGUCGAGCACAAGCUGGAAGUAUCCGAGCGCCUCAUUUUAUUCGCGGUGGUUUUGUUCACAAAGUGCGUGGGCCGCUAACUCGUUUUUACAUGUUGCCUUAUUCAAUACGAAUUCAUGGUCUACGAGUGGCUCUGACUAUUAAACAUGUUCAAGACGAUCUAAUUAUUGUUGAUGAUUUUGACUCCUUAGCUUCCCCUGAUCCGCAGUAUCUUCAUGAUUUGGCUGAGGCUCGCAAUUGGGGCUAUUCUGUGCUCUUUGUUGACACUUCUGCGGACAAUAUUUCAGCAAAUUUGGUUGAAGCAACUUCACAUAUUCCUUCCUUCACUGUUAUGCCUCUUUAUGGAUUGAAUUGUUAUAGUAUUUUGAGGCAUGAGACUUUGGUUUUGUCACGACGUGCAUUGGAUUUGCUCGAGGAAAGGUUGUUGCAAAAUAUGUACAAAACUGGCCAACAUGAUAAAGCUUUUCGCUAUAUUGACUACAAACAAAAACUUUUGGCCGAAGGAGAAGAUGAAGAAAAAAAUGAUAUUUAUCCACCGUUUGUUUAAUUUUUUUGUUUAUUUUUUUUGUUUUUGUUAUAAAUUGAUUUUUAUUUUUAAAUGCGUUUUAAUAU